GCGUAUCUCAUAGGCUCCUGUGAUGUGUAUUGGGUUUCCCGCUUCGGCCUGAAGGCAGCCGAUCGUGAACACAGAGAAAUAUAAGCAGUCUUGUAUAUGAGCUACUGGAUGAGAAAACGGCUAUGGAACCGCUGCAUGAGAACCAGGCAUGGGGUAGCGAUGUCCGCCAUUCAAGGAAGAAAAGCGGAAAUGACGCACAAUGGGACGUGUUUUCGAUGUUGUUGUCAAAGUUAGACACACAUCCUACUCAAUCUUCUCGACGGCGACGAGUCUCUUCUCCACGAUGCAUCGUCUUUCGAUUCGAGAAGAACCACUGACGGAGAAUUUUUCGAUCACAAUUGAUCCUCGCAUUCGCUUAGGGGCGGGAAUACAUAACCCGGCCUCGAGUGGAGUUCGAAAAGUGUCUCCCGAAGGUAUCGGCCCCGCUGGCACGUAACUUACCUUUCCUCGGCGAAACUGGCGUGUAGGCCCAGAAAAAUAUUUACGAAGGGCGUCCCUGUUGACCAUAAGCGUACGAACACAGGAAACAGUAUAAGAGUACAUCUACCUUUCAUCUGUAUCCAAAUCAAAAUCACCUCGAGCGACGUACAUUCCGUGGUUGUAAUUUCUAGGGCGCACCUGUACCCGUUGUGGCCAUCUCGCCACAUGGUUUUAGAUGCGUGUGUUCGUUUGGAGAACAGCUUAUCAGGUAGACCUCUUGUGCAGUAUGGAUAUUCGUUUUGUUCCGCAAAGACUCUCGCAACUUUGUAUCAUGCGUCUCGGCCUAUUCAAUGUCCUACGGACGAAGAGACCGAGAUUCAGCAGCAUAAAAGGUCACAAAAGAAGAUUCAAUUGGAAAUUGAGGAAUCCCGGGCUCCAGACCACGGUCAUAAAAUCACGACGGGGAAAAGGCCUGUCAUUCUGGAGAAGAAUGUCUAGUACCAUCCGGAGACACCAACGUGCAACUCUGAGGUCUGAGCAGUAGAGAGUGCGACGAGACCAGCAAGAGCAUAAGAAGGGAACCAGG